UACAAUUAAGAAUUUAGGAUUAUUUUUUUUAUAUAAUAAUAACACCUAUAUAAGCGGAUCAAUUUUCAUUCGACCGUUGCAUGUUUGUUAUUUCGCCGCCACGUCGAUAUAUUCUAUAGAGUCGCCGCCGCGAGUCGUCCCUCCGAGUCAGACGCGGGAAGACCGUCGGGUGAGAACGGUUAUAUUUUAUAGGUAUCUACUUACACCUACACCUACACAUCACACGUAUCUGUAAACAUGCAAAAUGCAGACUCAACUGAAGUCAUCGACUUGGCCAAUCACGUCGAUACGUCCAGAACGGUGGACCAGAGACAUCGCAUAAUCGGAGCCGAAGACAGCGCGCCGACCGAUCCGGGCGUAUGCGGUAAAUUCAUGACUGGAUGUGCCUGGGCACUUGUUGUCGUCACCUUCCCGUUUUCUCUGUUCGUCUGUUUCAAAGUAGUUCAGGAGUACGAACGAGCGGUAAUAUUUCGCCUAGGACGUCUGGUGUCGGGCGGGGCGAAAGGGCCAGGUAUAUUCUUCAUUUUGCCCUGCAUCGACAACUAUGCGCGUGUCGACUUGAGAACACGCACGUACGACGUGCCGCCACAAGAGGUAUUGACCAAAGACAGUGUGACUGUGUCCGUGGACGCCGUGGUCUAUUAUCGGGUGUGCAACGCUACGAUAUCGGUGGCCAAUGUGGCCAAUGCUCACCAAUCUACUAGGCUGUUGGCUCAAACCACAUUGAGAAACGUCUUGGGCACCAGGCCGUUGCAUGAAAUUCUCAGCGAUCGAGACGCCAUAUCUAAGACCAUGCAAGUGUCGUUGGAUGAGGCCACCGAGUCAUGGGGCAUCAAAGUGGAACGGGUGGAAAUCAAGGACGUGAGGUUGCCAGUUCAAUUGCAAAGGGCAAUGGCGGCGGAAGCUGAGGCGGCCCGAGAAGCUCGAGCUAAGGUCAUCGCGGCCGAAGGUGAACAAAAAGCAUCGCGAGCCCUCCGCGAAGCUUCGGAAGUUAUAAGCGACUCUCCGGCUGCUCUACAACUCAGAUAUCUACAGACAUUGAACACAAUAUCAGCUGAGAAGAAUUCUACAAUCGUAUUCCCACUGCCAAUCGAUAUUAUUUCAUUUUUUACGAGACCAAGAGAACCACGAGAAUCACGAGAAUCGCGAGAACAAACGAAACCAGAUCUGCCAAAUCUAAGCAGUUAAAUGUAUACUCAUCACACUCGCUAAAAAUUAAAUUAACUUAUGUGAAUCGAUGUCAUUAUUCAUAUACAUAUAAUGUUUAUGAAACAUAAGUAUGUUUAUUUGCCUAUUUAAAAUACAUAUUAUGUAUUAUGUAUUAGAUAAUAAUAUUAUAUCGACAUGAUAUUUUUAUUAUAACUUAUAACUUAUAAGUUAUACAACCGAGAAUUCGUAAUAUACGUAUGAAUGGAAAAUAUUGAAAUAUAAAACAA